AUGGGCUACGAUCUGAACCGUUUUCAGUGCAAAAUCUACGAUGAAGUUAUCUGCUGCAUCUGCUUCGGCGUGCUCGAGAACGCCUACGAAAUAGCGGAAUGUGGUCACCUCUACUGCGAGCGCUGCAUCAAGGGGUGGCUCGAAUCGCCCAUGUACUCCUUUCCCACCUGCCCCACCUGUCGCAAUGAAAUUUGCGAGGAUGACAUUCGCCCAGCUCCCGAGUUCAUUCGCACCUUCAUCGGUCAGCUGGCGGUCAGCUGCGACUUUGCCGACGCUGGCUGCAUCGUCAAUGUGCCCCUCUGCGAGCUGAACCGCCACCGAGCCCACUGUCCACUGAACCCACUGAAGCCGAUUGCCUGCUCCCGAGGCUGUGGCGUUCACCUGCCUCCCUCACAGAUGCUCAGUCACCAGUGCGACCUCGACCUGUGCCAGGAGGCCAUCGUCUGGAGUGAAAUCUUCGAGACUGCCAAACUGGUGGUGCGAAUGCGCAACUACAAGCGAUACCAAAACAAACACGGUCUGGUUGGCCUCACUGCCAAAAAGUUUGUCAAUCUUUUCACGAAGUGGAUGGCCGAUCCGAGAAUUCAAGAGGCAGCCAAUGCUGCUGCCCCCUUCGAACACAUCACUGGCAAAGCCUGCAUCUCCGCAUAA